GAGUGGACUGGGCGCGGCCUUUUUGUGGGAACGUUACAAUCAUGUGCUGGUCUGCUAUGCUGAAAGGUAAUUAGAAACCAUUACAGCUGUGUCAGGCAGAGCACACAGUGCACAAUGCUGAUUACAGGCAGAUUGUUUGCCAUUCUUGGAUAAAGGUCACCUAUUCAUCAAACAAUGGCAGUGGGGGGAUUGUUAAAGAUGAGCAUAGAUCGGGCUUCAAUCUCAUAUGAGCAAAAUAAGAUCAAGUAGACGGGUAAAUACAUAAGGGGAAAAUUGUGUGCAUACAUCAUCCAAAGAAUUUAUCUUGUAGUGCUGUCAAUGUUUCAGAAUUACUGGAUAUGUUUACAUUUUGCGCCAUAUGUCCAUCAUCUUUAGCCAAAUGUACAUUCAUGUGCAUAACAUUUGCAUCCUUUACUUGUAUGCAUAGGUUACCCUUUCUAUUUAUUUUGUAUAUUCUUCAGUGUUCUUCAAUUUAUUCUUAAUGGGACUUGGCUGUGUGUUAUCCGUCAUCGAUAAAAUAAACACUGUUAACACAAUGGCACACAGAUGUGACAAUUGUCAUUCAAAUAGGCAGUGGCUACGCAUUUCAGCAGCAGAAAAGGCGGAGGCAGUCGCUGACAGAAAGUGGACUAGUUUUCCCGCUGGGGAAUUUCCCAUCCACGUGUCUAAAUAGGCGGGAUCAAAACAAACAUUUUGAUUGGUUGUCAGGACUUCUAGCUUAAUUCUUAAAGGUAUAACCACUCAAUUCUGUGGUGAGUAACAUAUAUUGUGCCAAUAAUUAUAUUCGUUAAAUAGUCAAUUGGUGUCUAUUGAGAUCAACCUGACAUUUUACAUCUGAAACAUUUUACAGAAUUAGUUAAUAUUGUAUGAUGCAAUUGUCCUGAUGCAGUGUGGCACCACGUAACUUACAAUGUGGCUGUAACCCUAAGUUAAAAUGACAUCCGUGAUCGUGAUAAUAAAAUAAAUAAAAAAUGUAUCGUAAAAUACAGCACUCACAACAUUGGUAAUUAAACUGAUAUUAACACAUUUUAACUGUUCAAUUCAGUGUGAUGCUACUGUGUCUUUAAGGCUGAUUUAUUUACUUCGUGACGUUUAGUCAAAGGGAGGAGUACUUUUUGUCUUCUGACGUCGACGAAGAUGAAAUGGGCAUGCCACUCGACUCACAGCAGAGAAAGGAGUUGAGCAGCGAUAAGCACGACCCUGCCUGCGUCGCCAACAAUCGUGAUCUUACAAAUACAUUUCUGACAAGGAAAUACCACGACUGGGAGGACUCACCGAGGUAUUAUGAAGAACCUGAGCAAAUUAUCAAAGGCAAAGACGUAACGUUAGUUUCUUCUUUAUCAGGCAGCCCGAUUGCGGGGAGGUUCACAUGGAGGAUGAGGACGAGGAUGUUUUUCAGGACUCGGCACACACUUGGCACACACCCUUCAGGGAGAUAAAGGAGGUCAAGUCGGAGAACAGGGCCACCCAGACACCCAGCCCCGCCCUGUUGCUAGGCAGCGGCAUGCUGCCUUGUGGCCUGGCAGAAGAGCCAAGACGACUCUUCCGCGGUAACGCAGCCCUGCGAUUGUCCCACUUUGAGCGUGUGGGUGAAGCCAUGGCUGAAGACCAGUGGGGACCUGCCGACCCCCCUCGGCAACCAGCAGCAAGGAGUGUGGAAGCGGAGAUAGGCCAGAAACUGCAGAUGAUCGGAGAUCAGUUCCACCAGGAACAUCUACAGCUGUUCCAGAUAAACCAAAGGCACCAGCGGCAGCCAUUCUUGUGGCGUCUGGCGUGGGCUUUAUACACCCUGUUCAUCGAGAGACCGGAGGGCGGCAGGCCGAGGUGAGACGGACCGAGCGGACCAGCCGCCACCACGGACCGGACCGUCCUGCCCGGUCCCACUUGGCGUGGCAAGGACCUCCAAUGGCACUGUCCAAGAUUCAACACGGGUUUGGAGACGAAAGAAGGACUGAGAGAGGGAGAAAUGGAGAGAGCGACAGAGAGACGAGCAAAAAGGAGAGGCUGGUUGACCGCUGGUCGGGGAACCUGAGUCUCUUUUCUGCUGUUUUUCUUUGCUUUUUUUUUUUUUUUUUAAACCCCCCUCUUGAGGAUGAGGUGGUUUUUUUCCUCUCCAAGAAGAAGAUGAUGCCAUACUGUUCACAAGAUUUUCUCUAUUCCUAUUUUCAUAAAAAAAGAGACAAAUAGAAAAAAGGAGUGAGAAAAAAAUGAACGUGUGGAGGUAGUAUUUUGUACAGUAUAUUGUUCUUGUUUUAUUGUUUGCACUUCCGUAUGUGUACUUCUUGAAUGACCUCCGUAUGUCUUGGGAAUGCCUUAUUGUUUCCAUGCCACCCUGGGACGAGGAAGAGGGGAAGAAGGAAGGAAACGAAAGGAAAAAGAUGGGGUGGCAUGGAGCUCCUGUUCUGAAAUCUCCCAGGAAACCAAUCAACUUGACAACCAACUAAUCUCCAAAGAGGCUGUUUUUUUUUGUAUUUCUUUUUCUGUUUUGCACCUCAGCUUGUCCAGUUACGUUUUUUUUUCAACAAGAUGUUAAAUAUUCUUUGUUCUUUCUUUAACCUUUUGGUGUGUGCGUGUGUGUGUGUGUGUGUGUGUGUGUGUGUGUGUGCGUGUAUGCGCGUGCGUGUGUGUGUGUGUUUGUAUCAAUGCGUGUGUGUUUGUUUGUUUUUUCCCCAGUGUCUAUACAUUUUUUGUUUUCAAAUGUUAUGUCCUCAAUGGCUUCCUCACGCGGAUUCAAGUCCCAGUUUGUUGUCUAGUUGUUUUGCCAUGUAUGGCAUCAUGAAGUGCGUUAAGUGAGGCGCGGGCUAAAUCCGAAAGGAUUACAAAACUGGUGAUAUUCCUACUGUAGAUAUGAAAGGCAGACGAAAGAAUCCAACCAAGUAUCUCUCCAGAGAGUCUCUCCUGGUGUCUGCUCGCGUAAGGAGACCCAGGAGUGCUCCCUGCUCCUCCUAGUCUUUUGGGGGGUAACAGCGUCUCCCGAUGGCAUAUCAUGAAACGAAAGAGUAUCAGAAGAAGGCACCUCUGUCAUACAACCGGCAGAGCCCCAGAUGAGCUGUGGAAUCCAUUUUGCUUGCACUAGAGUACGUCUGCCAAGGGUGGUGGAUUUGAAUCACAAAGCACAUUGUUUUUUUUGUUUGUUUGUUUGUUUUGUUUGUUUGUUUUUUUAUUUGCUUUUAUUAUUUGUAUUAUUAUUUUCUUUUUUUCUUUUAGUUUUUUCCCUACCAGUCAGGGACACAAAAAUUCAUAGGGAUUAAUUGUCCUGAAACUGAAAUCUGAAUGAAUGUGGUGAAGUUUGAAAUUUGAUUAAUAACACAAACCUCUCGAAGUGUGUAAUGAAGGUGACUGAAAACAUGUUUAUUUUCCCCCAAGAGAUACGACUGUUUGUUUGUUUUUAUCUCCCCUUUAUUCAAAUCAGACAAAAUGGCAAACUUAUCCAGAAUAGGGACAAAAUUAGGGUUAUUGAACUACAAAAUAGCAGUCUUUGACUGAACAGAAACAAUCCACUAAAUGCAGUUGUUUCAACCAUUAAAAUUGACAUAGGUGCCUCCCCCCCCCCCCCCCCCCCCCCAAGAUGUUUUGAAAGUGUGCUCGUCUUUGUUGCCCGUUGGAGAGACUCCAAACCACUUGUGUGUUUGGCACCUGAGCAAUACUGUGCAAACAAAUCUGUGAAUCGACUGCAUCUCUUCUCAGGAUACUUAUCUGGGCUUUUGUAAGUUUAAAACAGAAAAAGCAUAUGACUAUAUACCUUUCAGGUGACCUUGUUAAACGGUGCAGUGGUGUUGUUGAAUAUAAAUGACCACUACUUUUUUGCCUUUUAAACAUUUUUUUACAAGACUAGAGGAGAAAAUCUUCAGAAGAGAGAAUUGAACUGUUAUUACUGUUAUAAUGUUUUUGGUAUGUUUGAAGACACUGAUUAAUUCUCGUCAAUGCUGUUAUGUGUGUGUGGGGGGGGGCUAUUUUUAUUUUGUGUUGCGUUUUUGUUUUAUUAUUCCUUUCCAACUUCAUGUCCAAGUUUGAGGAGUCCACAUGCUCUGACGAAACCACAUGUCUCACUUCGAAGGGCUUUUAAAAACGUACAACCUGUCCUCCUGUCCAAGUCACCCCCACUGUUACACCUUUGUCCCUUUUAAUCAACAAAAAAAUCCCAUUUAAAUGAUUAUCAUUUCAUACAUUUCUAGCCGAUUCAGUUUUCAGAGUCUUAUGCAUGAAGGAUGAAGAUCACAUGUGCAGCCUGUGCAGUUGUGAACCGUUCACAAAGCUGUCUUUUCAAUUGCCACCAGGUAGCAACCUUGGGUACAUCAGUAUGGUACAGUAGACUCUCUUGUGGAUGUAGCUGUAAAUGGGUGACUAUAAAGUUGAGAGCUAUUGGAGGCAGAAUCUACAUUUGAAGCAUGUUUUUCGUUAGGAGCUGAAAGUUGUAGUUGUUUCCUGCAAAAUUUGAACGCUGAGCCAGUUAACUGUCCUUGUAGUUCUGCCUCUCCAUCUCUCCCUUUUUCCAUUUUAGUCUUGCCAUACUUUAGUCUCUCUGGACCCUGUACAUGUGGACUGCUCCCAAAACUUAUAUAGGACAUUGGGGAUUUUACUCAUUUAUUUUGUAAUUUAUUUUUUAUUUUGUUUUCUUUUUUUUAGUUUUUCCUCUUAUUUAUUGUUUGUAUAUUUGCCCAUUUCCUACUGUAUACAUUCAUGUGUGCAAUUUCUCUACUUCAUUUUAUUGGUCUUAGAUUUGUAUAUAUUGCAUUUGUGUUUCUCUGCUGAAUGGUAGGGGCCACCAUUGUCUGAUUGUUUCUUGGGAGUACAUUUUAAUGUCCAGAAUCUCAGUUGUGUUCACUCAAUGAGGAUAAGCAAACAAAACAGAAACAAACUAAAUUCAAAACAAUCAACUAAAAAAAAAAAGAAUAGUAUUGGCAACAAAAAAAAGAAAAUCAGAAGGGCCAACUCUUGGUUUGAUACAGAGACCUGCUUGAACAAGUCUAAUUGCCUUCUACACUACACCAGCGACAUUUUUGUGCUGUGUUACGUGUACGAAAACAAUCAUGAGGGCAAAAAAAAACUGAUACGAGCAGAAAGCUACUGCUGUUUAUUAUUUUUUACCCAGAAAGCUGUGCCUUUCUAUUGUCGAGGCUUGUUCUGUUGAGUGAUGUCUUCACAUAAAAGCUAAGGACCAAGCUUUCCCUUCAACCACUAGCUCAAAGCCCACUGAAUCCCUGUACACUGAAAUUAGCAGCUAAAGAUGCUGUUUGUCACUCUGCCUUUGUUAGUCAUUGCACAUACAAGACUUGCCCUCAUAGAUUAGUCAAUCAUCAAGUUAGUCUUUACAAGUUAGCCACAGUGAUCAUUUCGCCUUGGAAGAAUGAUGGCAGUGAAAUUAGUACAAUUUCUUCAACUCUGUCCAAAUCUUCUGUAAAGUCACUGGGCAUUGCUUAUUGGUUAGACUUUCAACACUUUUUAAAUUGAUAUGCACUGGAAAAGAAAAAAAGAUAUUUUGCGGUUCUUUAAUGUUAACGUGUCCAUAAUCCCUGGCUGUUGUAGUAAAGCGUACAUACAUACACUCUGGGUUAUUUUCUGAAAUCUGACGAUAAGGUGCCAGACAGGCAAAUUACAUGUCCUCCUGUGUUAUUUUUGUAUGGACUCGACGUUUUUGGUCCACUUUCUGAAGGUUGAGGUGGAGGGGAAGCAAGCCACCAUGUUGCCCAGUGUUAGCAUUGUUUUUUGUGGGGGUUAGAGGGAGGUUGAGUGAAGGAGCUACUGAAAGAAGUUGGGUCAGUUUAAGUGUGACCGAGCUCGAGGAUGGUCCACAAGAACAGUCAGUUUAGUGUUGAAAACCGUCAGUGUCUUGAAUUAUUACAAUUUUUUUUUUGUCCAUUGUAAUUCAAUAAGAAGACCUGAAGAAGUGUGAACCUUACGAUUUGUUCUUGCUCAUGAUUUUUUUUUCUAACUUUAAAAAAAACAAAACUUUCAUACAUCUGCUUUUAAGAGGCAGUUUUAGCCUGUAAAUUGUUUUUAAUACCUUUCGGGAUUUCUAUGAAAUAUCAAAUGAGAUCAAGGGCUUUCUUAUUUUUUUAAAGAAAGGAAAUGAAUUUACAACAUUCCUUGCUGAACUGUGGUGUGGAAAGAGCGGUACGGGCUUGUAAGAUUCACUUUUUAUAGUGAUGUUUAAAAAAAACAGAACGGGGGAAAAAUGCAUCACAUUUGACUUAAUUUGGCAUGGUUAUGUAUUGGGAUCAAAAAAGAAAUAUCUGUUUUUCAACAUAUACUGUUAGUUACAUUUAUUGCUGAAAUCCUUGAAGUUGCCUUCAUUUCAUACAUUUUUAACUAAGUCUUGAGGAUCACACAUACUCUGUAUACCAAGAAAUGAGACCCAGCAAAAAUGUAGCAUUUUUGUAAACAUUGACUGUGUGUCUUCGAGACUGUACUGUGCACUCAUUACUUUUCUCUCCCUGGUUUUAUACAGUAUGGAGGUCUAGACGAUUUGUUAUAUAGUGCAAUAUAUGUGCAAUGUAAAUAAGAGCUUUUCUCUGAAAGAAAACUUUUUUUUGUUGUUGUUUAAUUGGUACUUUUUUUUCAAUAAAAAUGUAUUAAACUGUAAA